AUGCCCGACAUUAAAAUUGGUAGGACAAUGAGAGUGGGAAAGAAAAAGAGUAAUUCCCCUAGAAAACGAAUUCUAGAGUUAAAACCGGAUGGUGUCUACGUAAAUGAUGACUUCUCUCCUAGAUAUGAUAUUGUAUUUCUUUCUGAAACCUGGUAUGCUUCUACUAAUAGAAAUUCGGAUUUAACUGAUUGUUUGCAGGGUUACAAUCUCCAUUUUGGAAAAGCUUUUAAGUUACACGCAAAAGGUCGUCACUGUGCAGGCUGGUUAUUAGCAAUAAGAUCCUCUUUUCCCUGUGUUGUUGUUUAUCAAGAUGCUUUUCUAAUACUUGUUAAAUUUGGUGCUGAACUUGGUAAUAUUUUGGUAUGUUUUGUUUAUUUUAGGGAAAAUGACUGGCAGACUAUUUUUGAUACUUUAACUGGUUUAUUAUUAGAUAAUAGGAAUGUAUUAAUUGCCGGUGAUUUUAAUGCUAGGAUUGGAUUGGAAAAUAUAAUUUCUGAUUCAUUUUGCAACUCUUUUGGUAUUGUUUGUCCUUUGCGUAGGAAUUCGAAAGACUUGGUGAUUGACUCCUGUGGUAGAAAGUUGCUUCAUUUAUGUGAUGAUUUAGAUAUGAUUAUUGUUAAUGGGAGAUGUUUAGGUGAUGAAGCGGGUGAAUAUUCUUUUAUCUCUAAUCGUGGUUGUUCUGUUAUUGAUUUGGUCAUUGUUUCUCCGUUAAUUUGGAAAGAUAUUCUCUCUCUUACGGUGGAUCAGUGUUUGGAUUCCGAUCAUAACCCUUUGAUAUUACGACUGGUAGGUGGCAAUGAGAGAUCGGUCUCUGUAGAAAAGAGGCAGAAGAUUAAUAGAUUGUUUUGGGAUGAAUCUAGAAAGGAUGAAUUAAGGUUGGCUAUGGAGGAAAUAUGUACCACGAAUAAGUUUGAUUUAAUGGAAGACCUGAGUGAUUGUCUUUUUAGUUUGGCUUGUAAGUGGGGAUUUAAUAUCAGGAGAAAUAAGAAUUAUUUUUCAUGGUUCGAUUCGGACUGUAGAAUGCUAAUUAGUGCAAGGAAUAGAGCCUGGAGAUCUUUUAGAAAGAGUAAUGAUUCUAAUGAUCGAUUUCGUUUUGUUAUGUUACGAAGUUUGGCGAAGCGGUUUUGCAUUGCGAAAAAAAAAUUAUUUGCUGGUAAAAUUCAGAAUUGUUUUAGGAGAGAUAACAGACUUUUUUGGAAUUAUUUCCGACAUGUUAAGCAGGCUAAGUCUUGUAAUUUCAGCUUUAUUCCUAUUGAUGAUUGGUUUCAUCACUUUUUUAAUUUAUUUGGUUUCUUGGAUCCUUAUUUUGCGGAUAUUUCGAUUUUUAAUUAUUGUAGGAAUUG